AUGGUGCAGUCCACGAACCCCUCACAGCCCGUCGCAUCCACCUCGAACGGCCACGCACCCCUCGUCUCAGACGGCUCCUCCCCCUUCGCCAGCAACGGCCACUCCAACGGUCUCGCCUCGACCUCUUCCCCCUCGCCCGCAAUGAACGGCGGGAAGAGCGUCUCGAAUGGCACGGGUGGACUGGACGCGAUGCAGUAUGAGGGUGAAGAGGGGUUUGUCCCGCUGUGGGAGGGGAGCAACCUCGAUCGGCGCGAAUUCGUCCGGCUUGCUCUGCAGGCGUUCCAGGACAUGGGAUACAAUGGGACGGCAGAGGCGCUUCAAGCCGAGUCGGGCUUUGCGCUGGAGGACCCGUCUAUCCAGCAGUUUCGGCAAGGCGUUCUUGACGGCAACUGGGAUCUCGUCGAGCGACUACUGUCGCAUCUGCCGAUCGAGCCGACCGUCGAUUUGACCCCCAUCAAGUUCGCGAUCCGACAGCAAAAGUUUCUCGAGGCCAUGGAGCUCAAGCAGACCAAGAAGGCGUUGUCCGUCUUGCGCAACGAGCUUUCCCCGUUGAACUUCGACCCGAACAAGCUGCACUUCCUCUCGAGCCUGAUCAUGUGUUCGACGCCGGACGAUUUGCGACAACGAGCAGGAUGGGACGGAGCGGCUGGCACAUCGCGACAACAGCUUCUCGUUCACCUCCAAGACUGCAUCUCGCCAAGCGUCAUGCUCCCGCAACAUCGACUUGCAACUCUCCUCGGUCAAGCACAAGCCUACCAGCAGCGCCACCGCGCCGUCCCUCCCGCGCCCUCCGAACCCUUCUCUCUCCUCGUCGACGCAGAUCCACGAGACGUAGGCGCAUUCCCGACUGUCCCGGCGCACGUCUUGCAGGAACAUACGGACGAGGUGUGGAGGCUAGAGUGGAGCCACAAUGGCGAGUACCUCGCCUCGGCUGGGAAGGACAGGACGGCGAUCAUUUGGAGUGCGAGGAACGGCUUCGCGCUCGACAAGAUCCUGCGAGACCACGCCGAACCGAUCUCGUACCUCGCAUGGUCGCCCGACGACUCGAUCCUGCUCACAACCGCCGAGUCAAUCAUCAAGAUGUGGAACACCGAGACCGGCACCUGCAUCGCGACGCUCGCACGGCACGAGUACACGAUCGGAGCUGUCGCGUGGCUGCCUGACGGUCGAGGAUUUGUCUCGGGCGGCAUGGACUCGAAGAUCUUCUUCUGGGAUCUCGCCGGGAACGUCACUGCCCAGCUCGGGCGCUCACCCUCCCGCAUCCUCGACCUCGCUGUCACGCCCGACGGCUCAAAGCUUAUCUGCGUCGGCCGAGCAGAUACGACUGAACCUCACCUCGUCCCGAGUCGCUUGCCGAGUCGGAGCCAGACGCCUGCGAACGCGAACGCAAACGCGAAUGGGAACGGGCAGGGUCAGAUGAGUCUUGGUGCGAGGCAUGAGAAGAGGAUUAGUGUGUUCAGGUUGCCGAUUGGCGGGGCGGAGAUGGGAGGCGAGAGUCAGUUGAUCUACGAGCUCGUCCAGCCGCAAGAGCUGUCGUCGAUCGCUGUCACCCGCGAUUCGCGGUACGCCAUCGUCAGCCAUGCGCCGAAGGAGAUCCUCUACCUGAAGCUCGAGGACGGCACGAUCCUCCGCCGCUUCGAAGGCCACGACCAAGGUGACUUUGUCGUGCGCCCCUGCUUCGGCGGCUCGACCGAGAACUUCAUCCUCUCCGGCUCGCGUGACGGCAAAGUCUACGUCUACCACCGCGACACCGGCCAGCUCUUGCACGUCCUUGUCGGCCACGGCUCAAAGACAGUCAAUGCGGUGGGGUGGAACCCGACGAGCAAGCACGGUGCGAUGUGGGCGAGCUGUGGGGACGACGGGAACGUGGUGGUGUGGAGCAUGCCGGCGGGCGAAGACGGCGAGGCGAUGAGGAGGAAGGGCCCGAGGUUGCGGCCGCUCGACCGCUCGAUGGCCAUCGCCUAG